GCACAGAUCAAACUUGGUGUAGAGGAGUAGCUAGCUGUCACAAUAAGGGCAGUGAGGCAUGCCUGUCCACAAAGUGAAAGAUGUUUCUGAUUUGGAUUCAAAAGUUCCUCCACACCUCCAGCGGAUCUUCAUACCAAACAUCACACUUGCAUCUGACUGUGUUCACAGUAGUAUAAAGGGUAAAGUGGUUCAGAAGGGCCCUGUUGUAUCUUCCCGACAGAAGGACCACCUGCUUAAGGCUGUUAUUCAAGAUGAAGACAUCCAACAGAGUUCAGGAUCGCACCAUGCAUCAAUCAAUGUCAUUUUUUUUGACACCUUGGCGAAGGACUUCUCACAGUCUGUUGGUCAAGGGGACAUUGUCUUAUUGGCUGGUUUCACUAUCAGGAGGUCACCCACAGAACAGACUGACAGACUGCAUCCCUGCCAUUUGGAGAUGACUGCGAAUGACGCCUGUGUGUAUGUGUGCUCCUCUGAUGUUUCCGCUUCCAGUGGGCCUGCUGUUGCAAGCACUGAGGCUCGCUACACAUAUGUUCCUUUAAACGAACUGAAACCACACAGAAUAGUAAAUGUGUAUGGCGUAGUGACCUUCUUCAAGCAGCCUUUCCCAACCAAGGGCACAGAUUACUGUUCCACGCUGAAGAUCACAGACCAGACGAAUGCUAAAGUGGGCUGCACUAUUUUCAGUGAAAAGCUCGAGGAUCAUCCAAAAAUCUUCCGAAUUGGAGACAUCAUUCGUCUCCACAGAGUGAAGGCUCAGAUGUUCAACCACUCUAUGACCCUACUGACCACUUUGGGCUGGUCUACAGUCACUUUUGACGGGGCCAUUAACACCCCCAUUGAGCCUCGGGCAUCAAGUCGAACUUUCCACUUUAAUGAAGCUGAUAAAUGCACAGUGGAGGCGCUACGUGCGUGGGCAGCGACGCAGUUGGUACAAGCCAGUGAGACUACUGUUCCUCUGUCCUCAGUUCAGCCUAGAAUGUACUUUGAUCUGACCUGCCAGCUGCUAGCAAAGGCCUGCAUGGACACCAGAUGCAUGCUGCUCAAGGUCUGGGAUGGGACUAAAUGUACACAUCCAUUGCUUAGUGUGGCUGUGGCAUCAGAUUCCUUGGAGGGAGAGUCCACUACUGCUCAAGAUCGAGAAAACAUGACAGCCAACGUUCUGGUCUAUGACAACCAUGUGGAGGUAGCCAAGAAGUUGAAGCCUGGAAUGUUCCUGCGUCUGUACAACCUGCACGCAGUGUCUCAGAGAGCUUCAGAGCAACCUGCUGAUGACCCCAACCCGCUUGGCUUCCACUUGCACGGCGGCACGUCAUACGGCAGAGGGCUGUGCGUGCUUCCCUCAGAAAGCCCUCAGCUUCAACCCCUCAAGAGAUUACUGGAGAGCCAUGCAGAUUUAGUUGGGGAAGAUGAGGUGAAUGAUUGCACUCUUCUAGACGUUUGGUAUACUCCUCCAGAGGCUGUUGGUGGAGUGGUCUCUGAAGACUCUUACACAGUUCGGACGUGUGGGCACACGCUGCAGCAGUUGUCUAUUGCUCAUGUGAAGAGAUCAACGCCACCUUUAGUUUGUCAUGUUCGUGCCCAGAUGAAGUCUUACGAGCCACAGAAACUUUACCAGUGCCUUAAACUCUUCUGUCCACAGUGUAAAACAGUAGCAGAGGUGCCUGACGACGAGGUGAUAGGCCAGGUGUUCGAGGACGCUCUGAGAGUCAGUCAGCCUUGCAGUGAACACUGGGCAGUGACCUCUUCAGUCGACUCGGCUUUCCCAGAAAGAUCCAUCAGCAUGCAUGUGUCCUGUGAGAUGGUGCUGAACAACACACACUCACAGCUGCUCUUUCUUCAGGGUGUGAGUCUUGAAGAAAUGUGUGUGAUAUCCAGCGCUCAUAAGAAUGUGGUCCCUGUGCGCUCCGAAGAAGGAAGAAUGAAACUGCUGGAUUUUUCAGCACCAUUUGUCUUCUGUGGAGACAAGCGAUAUUAUGGGUGCAAACGGUGCUCCUGGUCCACGUUUGUGGAGCCCGAGGUUUCUGGAGUAGAGGUGUGGGACGAGCAAAAUGUAACCAAAGCUCUUGGUGUGCAGCUGAUGCAGUAUGUUCUUCUGAUGAAAUUCGAGCUACAGGAUAUGACCGGCACACUCCAAGCUUUAAUUUGGGAAGAUGCUGAAACAUUCUUCCAUGUCAAAGCUGCUGACACAUCAGCCUGUCAGAAUUUACAAGACCAAGUUCAGAACAUCAUGAGCAGGCUUCUGCCACCAGGGAGCAGCAUGGCUGAGCGUCCAUGGCUGGAUUUCUGCCUAAGUGCCUACACUGUAGAGGAGAAUGGCAUGACCCAAGUGUGCUAUCAGGUCAAGAACACAGAAACCAGACAAGAUUUACCCCCUCCACAAUAAGGCCACCUUUUGAAUCAAGGACACAUAGAAGAAACAGUGAGACAGAUUCUGAAUAAAAGGUACUUUAAUCAGAAAUCUGACAGACUGAAGCAUGAACAGCAGCUAAAUAUGUGUACAGCUUUUUUAUAUUGUAUGCUAUAAAUAAUGUGUAUUGUGUUUGGCUUAAAUAAAUUGUUAUUUUUUUUUGGA